AUGGCUCCCUCGUCCGAGUCCCGCUCCAUCUCGACGGACAAAUCUCGUGCCUACAGCACCUCGUCCUCGUUCAACCUGACGGUGCUGAUAUCCGGGUCCGGGACCAACCUACAAGCCCUCAUCGACGCCUGCGGCCAGUCCCCUUCAGGAGACAGCGGCCCUCGGACCCUACCCCAAGCCCAGAUCACCCAUGUGAUAUCGAACCGGCGUGAUGCGUACGGCCUGGUUCGCGCCGAAGAAGCCAACAUUCCCACGACGUACCACAACCUCGUCGCAUACAAGAAGAAACACGCCAACACCGAAGCCGGCGUCCAGGCAGCGAGAAGGGAAUACGACGCCGAUUUGGCGCAGAAAAUCCUCACCCACAUCCCAUCUCCGGAUCUCGUGGUUUGUGCGGGCUGGAUGCACAUUCUGUCGCCGGUCUUUGUCAACGCGCUGGCCGCGGCAAAUGUGCCCAUCAUCAACCUCCAUCCGGCGUUGCCUGGCCAGUUCAACGGCGCCAAUGCCAUCGGGCGCGCAUACGAGGCCUUCCAGCGCGGCCAAAUCUCCAAGACCGGCCUCAUGGUCCAUUAUGUCGUCGACGAGGUGGAUAUGGGCCAGCCCGUCCUGGUCAAAGAGAUCGACUUCAAGUCUGGGGAGAGCCAAGAUGACCUCGAACAGAGAAUGCACCAAGCAGAGUGGCAGCUCCUCGUCGAAGCUACAGGUAAAGUGCUAGCCGAGCUGGAAGGGAAGAGACGAACCGAGGCCUGA